AUGAAGACCUUACUCACCGCUCACGGUGUUUACAGCAUUGCCACAGGUGACAGGACGAAACUAACUAUGGGUGAGGAAGCAAUGGACAAGUGGGAGAAAGACAAUGCUAGAGCAAUGUGCUUGAUCUCGUCAGCAAUGACAUAUGAUCAGCUAGAGCCUUUGACAAAUUGCUCUAUGGCGAAGGAUAUGUGGUCCCUCCUGGCCACUGUGCAUGAGCAGAAGCGUGAGACAAACAAGCUUAUCAUGAUGCAAAAAUUUUACGAAUACAAGAUGCAGCCCAACGACUCUGUCAUGCAACACAUAGCUAAAGUACAAAGCCUCGCCAAUGCACUCAAGGACUUGAAGGAAAAUAUCUCCGAUAUCUCCAUUAUGGAUCGCUGCCUUCAAAAUUUGAUGCCCUCGUCAUGGCAUGGGACAGCGUUGAAGCCAGCAAGCAGACAAUUACGAACUUACAAGAACGCCUCAUAA